AUGCAGACAGAUCUAGGCUUUGCGGACACGUCCACCUGCGUCCCUAAACCUACAUUAAGAGUACAAUAUACGUACCAAGCAUCAGCUCUGAAGCCUGUCAAGCCACAGAGAGCCUCGGUUUAUUCAGAUAUGGUUGGUGAUCCUGAGGGCAUACACAUACCUCCGGUAUUCGUAUCCAAAAUGGCUGGGGAAACCUUGAAGAAGUUUGCCAGAGGCGAAGAUGCGGAAUGCUGUAUAAACUCGUCGAUGGAUGAGACUGCAGGGACAGUGUUGGUGAUGUCGUUCGUAUCACUUGUUGUCAUCAUAUCAGUUGUAGCUUCAUUUCUUUUUGCUCGGAACUGCCGACUUUUACGCCAUGGAGUUGAUAAUCGUCCACCUUAUAUCAAGAAGCAUGUGGUGGAAAAGCUUUCGUCCUUGGUAUAUAAAGCUCCGUGCUCAAGUGGCAACAAUUGUGAAGAAGCUUGUGCCAUUUGUUUAGAAGACUAUGAUAAUGGUGACAUGCUUAGACUUCUCCCAUGUUCUACAGAAUUUCAUGUGGAGUGUAUUGAUCCCUGGCUGACAAAGUGGGGCACAUUUUGCCCAGUAUGCAAACUUGAGGUACUCACAGGUGAAUAAGCAGGCAAGGUUGGACUAAAUCUCAGGUGAAUAAGCAAGCCUCUGUUGC